CCUGUCUGCUGCCAGGAUGGGAGAAACAAAUCCAGCGAGAAACUCCAAGUGUUUCUACUUCUUCCUGCUUGGCUUCAUUUCAUCCCUCCUCCUUCAGUCUGCAUCGGGUCGGGAGCUGCACUUUGUGCUCUUAAUUUAUAGGCAUGGUGACAGAAGCCCUAUUGAAGUCUAUCCUAACAGCCUACACAAUGAAAGCGCCUGGUCACAGGGAUUUGGACAACUGACUAAGAUUGGAAUGCAGCAGCAUUAUGAACUUGGACAAUACAUAAAGAAGAGAUACUCAAACUUCCUGAGUGCUGAAUAUAAACGAGAAGAGAUUUUGAUCCAGAGUACCGAAACUGAUCGAACCAUUAUGAGUGCCCAAGCAAACCUUGCUGGUAUGUACCCUCCUACUGGUGAUCAAAUCUGGAAUCCUAAAAUCCUGUGGCAACCUAUCCCGGUGCAUGUUGUACCAAAGGAAAGCAAUCCGAAAUUACGCUAUCCAAUUUUUAAUUGUCCACGCUAUAAGGAACUUCUGAGGGAAACGAUGGAAUCAAGUGAAUUCAAAGCCAAAAUUCACCCGUACAAGGAUUUUAUGGAAACAAUAGGUUUAUAUUCAGGAUAUGACCCUCAAGUUCUCAUGUAUUUGGUCAAUUUCAAAAUGUGGCACGUACAGGAUACUUUAUUCUGUGAGUCUAUUCACAAUUUGACACUUCCUGUGUGGGCUACUAAAGAGGUAAGGGCAAAACUAGCUGAGCUGACCGUGUUAUCCUUGUCGUCGUUCUUUGGGAUUUACAAAAGAGAAGAGAAGGCGCGGCUGCAAGGAGGUCUCCUCGUGAAAAAUAUUCUAGAAAAACUCUCCAGGGCUGCCAAAGGUUCAGAAAAGAGGAAAAUGCUAGUCUAUUCUGCACACGACACUACACUUGGUGCCUUGCAGAUGGCACUCAAUAUCUACAACGAAAAGCUGCCACCAUAUGCAGCUUGCCAGUUUUUUGAACUGUAUCAAGAAGAUAACGGAGAGCAAACCGUUGAAAUGUAUUUUCGGAAUCACACUAUGAAGGACCCCUAUCAACAAACCCUUCCAGGUUGCUCAUCUGCGUGUCCACUGCCAAAGUUUGCUGAACUGGUUUCCCCCAUCCUAGUAGACGACUGGGCCAAUGCAUGUGGGAAGGUAAAAGGAAGAAAAGGAAAAUGUUCCCAAUAAACCAGUAAAUAAAUAAAUGAGCCGGCUUUCAGCCUGUGUGGACGUUGUGCAUCAAAGAAAGAAAGAAAGAAUAUGCCUAACUGGAAAGAAGCGGGAUGGAAGAGUAAACUGAGCUUCUGGAACAUCUUGAAAUGUGACACUGCACUCAACAAAUCCCAAAUGAAGGAUCUCUUUUAAAAGGCUGAAUUGGAUUAAUAAUAAUAAUAAUCCCGCUGCCUGGUAACACUUCAACAAUAAA